GGGGAUUUCACAACACUCAAGAAGUCAAACACCACCACAAUGUCUUUAACAGAGGCAUCCGUUGUCCUGCCAGGGGACACCAUAGACCCCUCAAAUAUACCUUCACAUCCCAAGAAAGCACUCCAACUAGGGCCUGGACUACGGCACAUCCCACCAAGCACUAUUCUGCCCACCGUCGCGGGGCAGUUGGUCACAGACCGGAGGAAGAACUCAUUAUGGGUCGAAUACAACGGUGGCCGAUAUGUGCCAUCACAAGGUGACCUCGUAAUCGGCCAGGUACACCACGGCGCCGCAGACUUCUACUACGUCCAGCUAACCCCUCACACCUCCAACGCCCUCCUUCCCGUACUCGCAUUCGAGAUGGCCACAAAAAAGACGCGGCCUCAACUCGCAAACGGCCAACUGGUCUACGCACGCGUGUCACUAGCCAACAAGCACAUGGACGCCGAGCUGGAAUGUGUGAACCCCGCGACCGGGAAGGCAGAUGGGCUAGGCCCGCUGACAGGUGGCAUGCUAUUCACUGUUUCACUCGGCUUUGCGAGGAGACUAUUGCUGCCCAAGAGUACAACCGACGGUGGCGUCGUGGUGCUCGAAGAGCUCGGUAGCUUGGGGCUCGGCUUUGAGAUCGCAGUGGGCAGAAAUGGCAAGGUAUGGGUCAACAGCGAGGCUGUGAGAUCCAUCUUGGUGGUUGGAAGGGCACUCAAGGAGACCGACGAGUCUCGCCUGGACGUGGACGCCCAAAGAAAGUUGGUGAAGAAGCUGGUCAGGGAGACCGUCUAGCAGGUCACUUCACCAGGCACUGAGAUGGUCUUCUUCAAACACAGAGACUGCUGAAAAAUGCACUUGGAAAAGUCUUUCAGCAUUGACGAUCCUGGUGGUCCUCACAGCGUACCCCAAGUGUCAUGGAGAUGAAGCGCCCAGGAUUUGUGAGCAUGGGGUUCGGUCACCACAGAGGCUUUUUUCCAUGCGACCUUGAAGCUCCGGCACUGGAAGAAGCAAAAAGGCAGAGAUGGAGUAGACGAGGCAAAGAUACCCGAAUCAUUUAGGAAUUGGCAAGGACUGAAGGGGCUUGCCCGGAGUGAAGGCCACCACCCUGCGACUUGCAAGCUAUCACCCCGGUGGCAGGUGCAUUUGGAGAACUAUAAACAUGCAGUAGUACUUCAUAGCCCGGAAUUAGUUGAGCCAAUGGAAGAUACUAAGGACAUCAAUCAUUCCAAGUCUAUUACAA